AGUACAGCCAUACCCGCCAGAGGAUAAACACCAUAACUAUUGGCGGUAUUGGUCAACAAAUCGGAGUAAAAAAAAACGAAACAAAUCACCACCAAAAAAAAAAAAAAAUUAAGACAUUCAUAUAAAAAAAAUUCAAUUAAAUUAAUCAACAAAUAUUUAUGUUUUUUUGUGUGUGUUAUUAACUUUUUUUUUUGUGAUUUAUCAAGUGAUUUAACAAGGGAUUUAAAUUGGAUUCAUAUGUGGAUUUUAUUUGUGAAGUGUAUUGACGUGUUAGCUCUAAUUUAUAUAAUUUAAUUUGAUUUUUUUUUUUCUAUGUUAUCUUUAAUUUAACACAUGGACUCUGUUUUAUUUUAAGGGAUGAUGUUUUAUGGACAUGAGUUAAGUGUAAAAGUGUUGUCGUUUAAUAGACAAUUAAGGAUUUAACAGUGAUUAAUUAACUUGUUUAUUUUUUUUAUUUUGUUUAUAAUAAAAUUUUGUCAAGUGUUGUUUACAAAUAUUUAAAAAAUGCCGGAAAAAGAAGUGGCUUAUCAUCAAGAGGCAUUUUCAUUAUUACCGCCACCACCACCACCACAUCAUCCCCACUCGGCAUUUCAUACUGCCUUUCACCCUCAUCAUCCACAUCAUGGUCCGCCCCCAUCGGCCUUUCAUCAGCAUCAUGGACCGCCUCCAUCACAUCAAGCCGCAGCCGUAGCAUGGGAACAUCAUGCGGCCGCUGUUGCUGCUGCUUUUCAUGCACCACCACCACCACCUCCACCCCAUCCAUUAUCUGGUGGUACAACAGCAAUUGGUAGCGCUGGAGCUGGAAGUCCAGGUUGUGGUGCUGCAAAUGGUAACGGUACAACUGGUGAUAUUGGUAAUUCACAAACAACUGGACCAACAAACGGUGGUGAUUAUUUUAGGCGUAAUCAUCCAUUGACGGAUCAUACGCCUCUUCAUCCAGCAUAUCGUCUCAACUACAUGGACCACCUCUAUCACCAACUUCAGGCCUCUACACACAGUCCCAACGCCUCCCUUCACGGGCUGGGUGGAUUGGGGCCAGAGUACCUUUUACAUACUGCUGGUCCUGCAAGUACUCUCGCAUCCUCGGAAUUUCCAUUCUCAAUUGACGCAUCAUCAAGACUUGGCAGUCCAAGAGCAUCAGCAAUAAGAGCUAGUAGAAAAAGAGCAUUAAGUAGUUCACCUUAUUCAGAUCGUUUUGACAUUGACAGUAUGAUUAGAUUUAGUCCAAAUAGUUUGGCAUCAUUUGUCAAUGGAUCAAGAAGCAGUAGUGCCAGUGGAAGUUAUGGUCACUUGUCAGCAGCUAUGAGUCCAGCAUUGGGUAUGCAUCCAGGUAUGGCACCACAUCUUCAACAAUUACAAGCUCAUUUAUUAAGAAGUGCAGCAGCAGCAGCAUUGUUACCACAUCCAUUACAAGGACCACCACCUCCACCACCACCACAAUCACAUACUCAUAGUCAUCCACAUUCACAUGGUUUAACAUCACCAUCAUCACAUACACAAUUAUAUUCAGUAGCACCUCAUUCAUCCCCAUCAAUUCAUAAUUCACAUACUGGUAAUAAUUUACCAAACAAUAAUAGUAUACAAAGUAAAAAUGAACCAACAGAAGAACGUUCAUCAUGUAGAAAAACAAAUGAAAUAACAACAAAAUCAAUAGCUGCUGAAGCUGAUACAUCAUCACGUCGUGGAUCAACAAAAAUUAAACGUGAACCAGCAACAACAACAACAACAACAAAUGCAAAUACAAAUUCAGCAACAUCAACACCAGCAACAACAUUACCAAUAAAUCAUCCACAAGGUUUAAGUCCAAGUGAAGAUUUACGUGAUGAACCAAGUGAUUUUAUUGAAACAAAUUGUCAUUGGCGUGAUUGUGGUCUUGAAUUUCCAACUCAAGAUGAUCUUGUUAAACAUAUUAAUAAUGAUCAUAUACAUGCUAAUAAAAAAAGUUUUGUUUGUGGUUGGGAAGAUUGUUCAAGAGAAGAAAAACCAUUUAAAGCACAGUAUAUGCUUGUUGUACAUAUGCGUAGACAUACUGGUGAAAAACCUCAUAAAUGUACAUUUGAAGGUUGUUGUAAAGCAUAUUCACGUCUUGAAAAUUUAAAAACACAUUUACGUGCACAUACUGGUGAAAGACCAUAUACAUGUGAAUAUCCUGGUUGUAGUAAAGCAUUUAGUAAUGCAAGUGACAGAGCUAAACAUCAAAAUAGAACACAUUCAAAUGAGAAACCAUAUGCUUGUAAAGCUCCAGGUUGUACAAAAAAAUAUACAGAUCCAUCAUCACUACGUAAACAUGUUAAAACAGUUCAUGGUGCUGAUUUUUAUGCAAAUAAAAAACACAAAGGUGGUGGUAAUGGUGAUGGUAGUGAUGGAGCUGGUACAGGUGGUAAUAGUCCAAGUAGAAGUGAAGAUUUACAUCAAAAAACACCAAGUUUAUCAAGUCCAAGUGUAAAAUCAGAGAGUGAAGCAAAUAGUCCACCAGGUAUGAUACAACAACAAGGAAGUCCAUUGAUAAGUGGUUGUAAUGAUGAAUCAAUGUCUGGUGGUGGUGGUGGAGGUGGUGGUGGUAUGGCUGUUGAUAGUGUUGUACUUGCUGAUGAACCAUGGAGUGAAGAUACUGAAGAUUUAGAUAUUGCUGAUCUUCCAGUAUCAAUAAGAGCAAUGGUUGGUGGUAUGGAAACUCAACAAGCACCACCACCAUCAUUAUCAAGAAAUCGUAUGAAAGGAAGAUUAAAUAUUAAACCAUUACCAUCAUCAAUGUCAAAUGGUAUUAGAGGAAGAAUAAUUGGUACACAACAGGGUAAUAUUGGUGAUAUUAAUAGACGUAUUACUGAUUUAAAAAUGGAAGGUAAUACAAGACAAACAAGUCUAUCAGAUUUACAACUUAGAUUACAACCAUUUAGUGAACCAAGACGUGAUAGUAAUAGUACUGUUAGUACAUAUUAUGGAAGUAUGAGAUCAACUGAUUUUGGUAGUCGUAGAAGUAGUCAAACAAGUGGUGUUAGUGCUGUUAGAAUUGGUCCAGCUGGUCCAGGUAGUUUUUAUGAUCCAAUUAGUCCUGGUACAUCAAGAAGAAGUAGUCAAAUGAGUACAACAUCUGGAAGAAUUAAUCCACCAAAUAUACAAGGUCCAUAUUCAACAAAUAAUCUUGUUGUUCAAACACAAAACAUGUCACUACAGGGUGUACAAGGUGUUGCUAAUGAAUGGACACCAAAUGGAUGUGUAUCACAUUCAUCAGGUGAUAGAAGAAUGUCAGAGCCAAUACGUGGACAUCAAAAUCAACGAGUAUCACCACCAGUACCACCAAGACCAAGAUCAGCACAACUACCAGAAUUACAUCCAAAUCAAGAAGUUGUUUUGGAUGAAGUUGGUGAAGGUGAAAUGGUAGAAAAUAAACUUGUUAUACCUGAUGAAAUGAUGCAGUAUCUUAAUGAGCGUGGAAAUGAAGUUAGUUAUCGUGGUAGUCCCCUUCCAAUAUGUCAAUCACCAAUAUGCACAAAUGUACUGCACUAUCAACGUCAACAAUUACCAUGCAACUAUAAUAAUCAACACAAUCAAGUACAACAACCAUCAUGCUAUCCAAAUCAACAACAACAACCCCAACAACAGCAGCCCCAACAACCUCAACAACCCCAACAACAUCAGCAUCAACAACAGCAACCUCCACCACCAGCACCACCAGCAGCAGCAGCACAAAAUUGUCAAAAUUAUCAAGUACCAUCACCAGCAUAUUCACACUGUCCAAGUUCACGAAUGAGUCAAGCAUCUGGUUAUUGUCCACCACAAAAUUAUCCACAAAAUCAACAACAACAACAGCAACAACAACAGCAACAGCAACAACAACAAUCACCAAUUUAUAAUCAAAUGCAAUCAAGUCCAUUGAGUCAAGUAAUGUCACCAGGUUCACACUAUGCACCAAGUCACAUGAGUGAUCAACCAAUGACAUCACCAGCAGCUGGUGCAUUACCACCACAACACAAUAAUCCACCACAAAAUAAUCAACAAAAUUCAGCACAAAUGACUAGAAAUUGUACACAACAAAAUCAUCAAACAUUAACUGCACCAUACUACUCACCAUACAAUUGUCAAGGACAACAAACAACAAAUUGUACAACUCAACAAAUACAUCAAAGCCAAAAUUGUCCACCAAUAAGUAAUCCAACAACAAUAAAUAAUAAUACAUCAUCACAAUGUCAAAUUAGAAAUUGUUCUCAUCAAUUACAUUGUCAAACAACAAAUCGUAAUGGACAAAUUAAUCAAUGUAAUCAAAUAUUAAAUCAAACACAGUGUCAACGUGAACAACAAAUGCCAUUAAGAAAUAAUGAUAUUACAAAUUUAAGCAAUCAACAAUUAAAUAAUUGUCAAACAGCUGGUAUCCAACAAUGUCCAUCAACAAAUAUCAAACAAAAUUUACAUCCAGUACAAACAAAUAUUAAUAACAACAAUAUUUGUUCCCAAAUGACAAAUUGUAUUCAUCCAUUAUCACCAAGACAUAAUCAAAAUCAAUCACCAUCAAGUGUUCAACAACAAAAAAAUCAUAACAAUAGUAGUAUUAAUAAUAAUUUAUGUACAAGACAAAAUAAUAAUUGUAGAAUUCAAAAUUGUACAUGUUUAACAACAAAUCAACCACAAAAUCAACAACAAAAUCAACAACCGCAACAACCACAAACACUGCCACAACAACAACAACAACAACAACAACAUAAUUUUAAUUGUAAUUGUCAUUGGAAUUAUCAAAAUGAUUGUUACAAUGGUCAUGCUAAUGGUGAAAUACAAUGUCGAGAUAUUAGUCAAAGUCAACAAGGUUUAUCACACAAAUUACCACUUGGUAUGAGACAAGAUUCAUACAGAAGAACGCUCGAGUAUGUUGAACAAUGUAGAAAUUGGUCUGGUAAUAAUAGACAAGUACAUGAAACAAGUGUAUCAAGUUCAACACAUCCAUUGUCAUUACCACAACCAUUACCAGCAAGUUCAAAUAUGAUUGUCAAUGACAUGACAUCAUCAUUGAGCUCGUUACAUGAAGAAAAUCGUUAUUUACAAAUGAUUCAAUAAUAAGUUAUUAUAAUCAUUUUUAAUUUAUAAAAUAACAUUUUUUAAAAAACAACAGAUAAUAUAUAACUUUUUUUGAAAAUUAAUAUUUUUAAGCUACCUCGUGAAAAAUAAUUAAACUGUGUGUGCCUUUUUCAACAAGAAAAAGUACCUUUUAAUUUAUUUUUAUUUUUUUUUAUUUUUUUUUUAUGACUGAAUGAUAGAUUUUUAUAAGUUUUUUAAAUUAUUUAAAAGUUUUAAAUUAAAUUGAGAAAUUUAAGCUCAGUGAAGAGUGUACCAUGUACGCUGUGAUAAUUUAAGAAAAUUUAAAAAAAAAAAUAUUAAUAUAACGUAAUGAAAAAAAAUACAAAAUAUUUUCUAAGAAAUGUAAAGAAAAUAAGGUAGAAUUUAUAAGCUGAAUGUAAAGAUUUGUCGUGG